AUAAUCUUCACAAUGACGUAUACACAUAUAUUUAACCAUAUUGUACAUCAACUAUCAUCUUUAUUUCUUCAUUCAGUAGUAAUAAUGAUGGUAAUAAUUGAUGUGUAAUAGGAGAAACAAAACAAAAAAAAUGUUGGGAAAAAAUCUCCCAUCUAGAUAUUUAUAUAUAUUUUUAGUAAUAAAAUGAAAAUUCUUCUGAAUCAAAGUAUCGUCCCUCGCUUUUUUUUCUCGAACAUACAAAGCUAUUAACCAUUGAUCUACACACACACACACACACACAUACCAUAAAUCGUCAUCAUCGUCGUCAUCGGUUGUUGUUGUUGUUGUUGUAUUUUCAUCUACCAAGAAUGUCAUUUUUUACCAACAAAAAUUUUGUCAUUCAUUCACCAGAAUAUUCAUUUGAUGUUGAAUCUUAUACGAAUUUCGAUCACGAAUACAAACAAAAAGAAAAAAAUUCUUGCUCACAUCCUCGUUGUUCUUCAUUUGAUUCAUUAUUAUUAUCAUCAUCAUCAACAAAAUGUCCAACAUAUACAAUCCAUCAUUUGAUCUAAUCAAUUCGAUGAGAGGUGGCCAUGCUGCUGGACAUUAUUAUAAUGAUUCAGCUAAAAAUGUUCAUGAUUAUGCUGAUGGCUGGUAUUUACGACGUGCAAAAUUAAAUCAUGGUGAUUUACGUGAAAUGUUAAUCGAUAUGACAAUGCGUAAAAAACGACUAGAAGGCCAACAUGAUACUGAAUGUACAAUGCAUCGGCCAUUACAAACUGGUAUUAAUCAAACACCGGAUGUGCAGAAAAUUCCACAUAUGGAAUAUAAACAUAAAAAAGGCAAGUAUGAAUACCUGUAUAGAAAACAGUACUAAAUAAAUGGUACUGUUUUCAUUAUAUAUGUGAAUUAUUAUUGUUUGUAAUUCAUCAUUCACAAUGUUUCUUUAUCAUUCAUUCA